AUGCCGCGCGCCCCGCGCCGGCAGUCCGGCGAGGCGCGCCGGGUCGCCUACAAGUCGCGCGUCGACUUCAGCCGCUCGCGCCGCCGCCGCGAGGACGACCUCCUCGCCCUCCGCCGCCUCGACCGCGACGCGGGGCUCUUCAAGCGCCGCCGCGACGAGCCCGCUCCCGCUCUUGAAGGCCUAUCAGAGCUGGUCGACAAACUAUGUUCAGAUGACACCACCAGUCAGCUCGAAGCCACAGUCCAAUUCAGGAAACUUCUUUCAGAUGAGAAGAACUCAACUGUGAUAAAAAUCAUCCGAGCGGAUGUCCUGCCCAGAUUUGCUGAGUUUCUUUCAAGACACGGGCUUCCCCAGCUCCAAAUGGAGGCUGCCUGGGUUCUUACCAACAUAGCUGCAUCUGAUUAUACACUGCUGGUUGCAGAAUGCGGUGCUGUUCCAAGGUUGGUGGAACUAUUAGGAUCACCAAAUGCGAAUAUCAGGCAUCAGGCUAUCUGGUGUCUUGGGAAUAUAGCUGCAGACAUGGCUAGCUGCAGAGACAUUCUCUUUGAUCAUGGUGCUCUUACGCCUUUACUUUCUCAAUUUAGAGAAGACAUGAAGAUUCCAGUUCUGAGAACUGCUAUGUGGGCCCUGUCAAAUCUUUGUUUUGGAAAAUUGCCAGCCGAAGUGCAAGUGAAACCAAUACUAGAAAUUAUCAGCCAGCUUAUUCAUUCUGCCGAUGAGAAGAUACUGGCAGAUGCAUGCUGGACUCUUUACUACAUAUGUGGCGGUAAAGGUGAUGCUGUCCAAGAUGUAUUAGAUGCUGGGGUCUGCCCUCAACUUGUAAAUCUUUUGAUGCAUGCAUCAGCUAAUGUUCUUCUCCCUGUCAUUAUGGCACUCGCAAGAAUUUCUGCGGGAGAUGAUAAGCAAGUCGAGGUCUUAAUAGAGAAUGGCAUUCUCAAUUGGUUAGCGCAAUUGCUAGCACGAAAUUACCCAAAGAACGUCAAGAAACAAGCGUGUCUAAUUGUUUCCAAUAUUGCUGCUGGUAGCAAGGAUCAGAUUCAGGCAGUAAUUGAUGCAGACAUUAUAACACCUCUCAUUGUCUUGCUAAGGACAUCAGAGACGGAUAUAAAAAAAGAGGCUGCUUGGGCUAUAUCAAAUGCUGCAUCUGGUGUUCAAGUGAUCAAAUUCAUGUUUUGGCACACCGAGCUAAACAUGGUUAUCUCUAAUGACUGGCUACCAUUUGGAUGCAGGUAUUUGGUCAGCCGGGGAUGUUUAGAGCCCCUCUGCAGCAUCCUCACCUACAAGGAUCCUGACCUUCUAUACACGUGUCUUGAAGGUCUUGAGAAUAUACUCCAGGCAGGUGAGGCAGGGAAGAAGGGCGAGGAAUCAGGGACGAACCCAUAUGCCGAGUUUAUUCUAGAGUGCGGAGGUCUGGAGAAACUAGAGGGCCUGCAGGAUGUCGACAGCGACAGAAUCUAUGAGCUAGUCAUGAAACUGCUGCAGAGCUACUGGGAGGAAGAAGUAAGCGAGAGUGAUGAUCCGAACAUCCCAGGUUCAAAUGACUCGUCAGAUACCGUGGAAGCAACGUCUGAAGAUGCUGCGCAGCCACCAGUACCACCGCCCUCUGGUGCAGAUGAAGCCGAGUGA